AUGAUUUACGUUCGAACGCUGACCGGACAAUGGAUGGUUCUGGCCCAACCGCAUGACCUCACCAGUGGUCAGUUGGUGACAAACGACAUUUUGCCCAACGUGGAUGCCGUUCUGGACCAAAUGCACCAAGUCAACUACGAUGGAUACUACCUUGGUGUGAAUGGUCAAUGGACGUACCACAACAACAACUGCCAGUGUUUUCCUCCCACUCAGUGA